GGGAGUGACGGGAAGCUCAGUCCCCUCCGUCCAUAGUGGUUCGGGACACGGGAUCCUCUCAGAGUCCGGCCUGACUGAUCCACCCGCUCACCGCCAUUGCCCAGUGUGGAGCUCUUAAGUGGAAAACAACUCUAAGUGACUCAGACACUAAAAGUAUAAUGAGUACUGCACAGGGACCAGUAGGAAAAAAUGACGCUGAACAAUGAGUCCUGGGGGCUGCAGGUGUCGCUCGGUGGUCGAGCGCCUGGCCAACCUGUGCGAGGCCUGGGCUCCAUCCUCAGAAGGAGCUAGUGGGAAGCCCCGACAGGCCUCUCCACGAGGAACGUUGACGGAACGGCCACCUGUCUUGUGGCAGCAGCCUGCGAGCCAGACGCGCGGUUCUGCCAGGGUUAGCACUGCAGUCGUACGGCCCCAAGAAAGGGACAGCUUUUUAAGGGCCCAGCGCAGGGUAACCCAGCCCUUCCGCACCAGCAGGCCCCGUCCUGGUGGGGGCAGAAGCAGCACCUGGCCGAGCCGCCGCCGCCAGCACUCUGUCCUCCCCUCCUCUCUGCUCCCCUCCCCUCCCCGGCUGCCUAGCGCUCAUAAAGUUUAUUGCUGUUCCCUGCGGCUGCCGGGGAACAAGACAGCAAGCAUACGGAUUUCUGCCUGGGAAGGAUUUAUUCAAGUACCUCGCUCAGAGCAGGAGGGCACGGGGGACGCUGCUGGCAGCCAGGUAGGCCCAACCUGGCCUGCGCCCAAGGAUGCAGCAGGAUGGGGUGGGGGCUCCCUCAGCCACCAGACUCCCUCAGGCUUGUUCAGGUCUGUGGGGCAGGCGCCAAGGGAAGUGGCGCAGGAGGUGACCAGGAGACCUGGUCCUGCCUCGGUCUCCGGGUCCCUCCUGUCCGUGCCUCAGUUUCCCUCAUGUUUGUGUCUAUGUGUCAGCCUCCCAGGCUCCCCCACAGUAAGGCUCUGGCGAUGGGGCCUGGGAUGGUUCGGGCCCAAGCGCGGGUUCACUCCAGGGCCUGGAAGAGCCUCAAGGAUCCGAAGACCCUGCCCCUGCCCAGAGCAGCAGAGACUGCCGGGUGUGGGAGUGACUUCUGCCCCGCAGAUGCCCCCUCCGCUGCGGACACCUGCCCCCAGCCCUCAGCCACUGCCGUCAUCCGCCCCGUGGCUCCGGGGCGGUGUGGGGAUAGGACGUGCCGGUCCUGGGAAGGCACCAGGGCUGCUGUGGCUUUUCCUGGACACCAGCCCUCGGGAAGGGCCAACCCAUGGAGAGCAGAAGUCCUGGGCCUAG